GCGGCGGCGAGCGGGGAAGCAAGUGAGGGAGCGAGCGCGACAUGUCCCCGGCGGCCGCGGCCCUGGCGGCGGGCGGAGCCGGGCGCUGCUGAGGAGCCGAGCCCCUUGCGGCGGGAGGAGCCGGGCCGGGGCCGCCCGCGAUGCUGCUGGGCGCCGGCGCCGGGGCGGGGGCGGCGCUGCCGCUGCUGCUGCUGCCGCUGCUGACGACGGUGCUGCCCCCGCUGCCCCUACUGCUCCUGCUGGGCCUCGGCGGCGCCGUCCCCGGAGCGGUCGCAGUCGCGGGGCUCGGGCUGCCCGAGAGCGUCAUCUGGGCCAUCAACGCGGGCGGCGAGGCGCAUGUGGACGUGCACGGGAUCCACUUCCGCAAGGACCCUCUGGAGGGCCGGGUGGGCCGAGCCUCAGACUACGGGAUGAAGCUGCCCAUCCUUCGUGCCAACCCCGAGGACCAGAUUCUCUAUCAGACGGAGCGCUACAACGAGGAGACCUUUGGUUAUGAGGUGCCCAUCAAAGAGGAGGGGGAUUACGUGCUGGUCUUGAAGUUCGCCGAGGUCUAUUUUGCACAAUCCCAGCAGAAGGUGUUUGAUGUACGCUUAAACGGUCACGUGGUCGUGAAGGACCUGGACAUCUUUGACCGGGUCGGUCACAGCACGGCCCAUGAUGAAAUCAUCCCUAUUAGCAUCAAAAAGGGAAAGCUGAGUGUCCAGGGGGAAGUGUCCACCUUCACGGGGAAGCUCCACAUCGAGUUUGUCAAGGGGUACUACGACAAUCCCAAAGUCUGUGCACUAUAUAUCAUGGCUGGGACCAUAGAUGAGGUGCCAAAGCUGCAGCCUCACCCAGGCCUGGAGAAGAAGGAGGAAGAGGAGGAGGAAGAAGAGUACGAAGAAGGUUCCAACGCCAAGAGGCAGGCCAGCAAGAACCGGGUCCAGUCGGGCCCCCGGACUCCCAACCCGUACGCCUCGGACAACAGCAGCCUCAUGUUUCCCAUUCUCGUGGCCUUCGGCGUCUUCAUUCCGACCCUCUUCUGCCUCUGUCGGCUGUGAGGACGCAAGGCCAUCGGGGGGGGGGGAGAAGGGAGGACAGAGGAGACCGAACUUGAUCGGGUUUGGUUUCUUGAUGUUUUUCACAAUUUAUUAACAAAAAGUUUUUUAAAGAGGCAGAACGAGGAGAGA